UCCGAGGAAACGCCCGCCUCAUUCAUAGUUGCCAAAUCGAAGCUAGUGUUUGCGCUUGCACAAGCGCUUGAUGAACUCGGAAAAUACGAAGAGUCUGACAUGCCCUACUCGAGUGUGCUGAGUCCUGACAGCGACCUUCGCGGUACUUAUCGAUGCCUUCCACCGCGCUAUCAGAUUCAGGGAACUUACGACCCUCCAUCCGAGUAUGCGCUCGUCGGAUCGCGUGUAUGCUUGGGCGGCAUAUUCCAUCAAGCCUUGUGUAUCAUACACUCGAAAUUCCCCAAGAGCGCGGUACAAGACCCGCAGCAUAUUUACUCCUGGCUCAGUUGCCUGGACUCUGCAAUGACCCUGCUCUCUUUCCAGGAUUUUCAGGCUCAAAAUUGUGUCGUCAACGGACAGCGGACGCCUCUCAAUCGCUAUCAACGUUCUCUCUCAAUCCACAACUUUUUCCUCGCCGCGACCAUCCUUUUCGCGGGGUUGUUUCUCAUCAGGGACAAAUCGAAAGUGAGAUUUCCUCUCUGCGCCUCAUUAAAACUUAGCAAGGCGGAUAUGUUGGUGGCGCUUGAGAAAAGCAUAGCCACUUUCGAGCGGGACGAUGCUGAGAGCCACGAGUCUAGCCGAGCAAGCAAGCUCCUGAGCGCUAUGCUUCACGAGAUUUAG